AUGAGUGGAAAAGUUUUCGGGAAGUUAGUUGGAGGGAUAGGCCCGCACCUGUGGCGAGACAAUGCACUCGUUCUGAACACACACAAGACAUAUUUAUGUGCCAUGGGCUGCCUCUCGAAAAGAUAUGGAACGAGCAAAACAGUAAGUAAAUCAAGUAUGAAUGAGAAAAAGGACUUGUAUAAGUAUUACAAUGAAAGAUUAAGAGAAGACAUCACUCCCUUCAAAUUGAUGAAAAGUUUACCAGCCUUAAAUCAUUAUGUCAGCCUUUUGGACAUGACAAAAUUUACUUUGAAGUAUAUUUUGAGUUAUCGCUUUUUUUUUAUUUACAUGGCUAGGACGACAUUUCAGGCUGUUCGACCACUCAUGGCUUUCUGCGUUUUUGGAGAACUCAUGAAAUUAAUCCUGGCAACAAUGACUAGUGGCGUUUUCGCCUUUUUCUUUUCCUUCGUUUUAGCCUUUGAAGUGUUAUACUUCUUCCUACAGUGUUACAUAUCAUACACAUUUUUAACUAUGUUUUUUGAUGUUAUGUUUUAA